CUGUGGCGCGUUCGUUCUUCGUUCGUUCGAGGGCGCCGGCGGCGUGGUCCACCAGGCCUCACAGUUCCCCACCGUGCGUCUUACGGGUGUGAGUGUGCAGGUGACCCGCGAGGGGCCGGGAGCACCGGUACAGGCGACUAGGCCAGGGCCAGGCUGGGCGAGCUGCAGCGGAGAACCGCCCGUGGGCCUGCUAAGCCUGGCGUGAGCGUGUGUCCGAAGGUAGGGCCGCCCGGCAGAGGCUCAGAGGAGCACGACCCAGAUUUAGGCCCAAAGGAGACUCUGCUUUCCCUCACCAGGCUGGACUACUGGGGCGGCAACGCUUCCGGAGACCUGGUACCCAGACUAGCACUUCCUACCGCCUAGUGUUCCCGGCUUGUCUGCCCGCGCAGUCGUGCCCCCAUCAUCUUCAAACCAGUUCCUGGAUGAGCGGAAGUCGUCUUUCACACCGAGGCCCAACCAUCACCCAUUUGCCCACAGCAGGCCCACUCUUCCCAGGGAGUGAUGGAAGGGCUUCCUGAGUGUGGGGAGGGGCCCCCAGACUCCCAGGGCCAUGCUACAGACGGGAGGAGGCUUGCUUUGUGCAGUUUUGAGAACACCCAGCAGGAGGAGGAACUGGCUCACCAGAUACAGGCUAUGGACCCCAGACCUUCAAGCCCAGCAGUAGGGGCAACCCAAGGCACAGCAAUACAGGGAGGUUUCUUGUCCAAGAAGUCUCAAUCACUUCCAGCUCAAAGGACUGCAGAUGGGUCCAGGCACUGCCGGAGGAGCAUGGUAGGGGAUCCCUCCGCCCAGUCAGAGGAGCCAGCCUUCUCUGAAGUGGACAAUCGCUUGUACGCUAUGUCUUCUCACCUCAGCCUGACCCAGGGUGAGGAUGCUAGUCGAGGAGGAGGCUUGCUAGGGGACCCAGGUUCAGGCAGAGCGCUGCCAACUGGCUUUAGCCCUUUGCCAGAGACAUCAUCUCCAUGAAGGGGCUUUGUGGGGGACUGUCCCAAUUCAGACCUGAGCCGUUUCUCUUCUCAAGACUCUAGCGGAUCCAGCGUCCCUAAGCCUGCUGCUGCUGACAGUCUCCUAGCUCAAGACCUCACCUGGGAGCUCCUGGCCAGUGGCAUGGCUGCCCUACCAGGGACGCGCGAUGCCGAAGGCCGAGCAGUGCUGCUUCUGUGUGCCCACAGCCCAGGUUGGCUUCAUCCCAAGUGUAACAGCCAUGAGUUUCUGAGUCUUUUAUUCUACCUUCGAGGCAUCCCCAGGCCUGAAGUGCAGGCCCUGGGACUGACCGUACUGGUUGAUGCCCGAAUUUGUUCCCCGAGCUCUUUGCUCAUCAGGGGCCUCAGGCAACUACAAGAAGCAGCCCCAGGAUCUGUACAAGAAGUGCUGCUGUUUGGAAAGAUGCCAGAAGAAAUGUCCACAGGGCUUCAGUUCAAGCAUCUUCCCUCUCACCAAAGCCUGCUGACCCACAUUCCUCACGUGGAGUUGCCCACGUCGCUAGGAGGAUGCCUAUCUUACUGCCAUCAAGCCUGGCUGGAUUUCCGGAUGCGUCUGGAAACCCUACAGCAGAGUUGCCGGGUGGUUUGUGCCCUGCUUCGGGGGGUCAUCGGCAGUAUGGAGGCUGCGCAGCAGCCCGCAGAGUCCGGAGAAGUUGGUCAGCUACUCCAGCAGUCACAGUCCCUCAUGCAGCAGGUGUUAGAGUCGCCUCAGUUGUCAUGGUUACAAAGCCAGGGAAGCCUGGAGCUGGCAUGGCUGAAGCAAGGGAUGGCAGAGGUGAACCUGAGCCCUGAUGACAGGUCUGCAGUGGACAAGGCUGAUGAGCUGUAUGGUCAAGUGGAUGGACUGUUGCAUCAGCUAACGCUGCAGAGCAACCAGCGAGUACGGACCCUAGAGCUCCUCCAAGCGCUGGAAGCCCAGGAGGGUGGGCUGCGCCAGAUUGAAGUAUGGCUACAGGAGGUGGGCUGGCCAGGACUGGAGGAACCAGUGGAACCCUCACUGGACGUGCUGCUACAGGCCCAAGGCCCUUUUCAAGAGCUGGACCAGGUUGCCCAGGGACAGGUCAGGCAAGGGGAGAAGCUACUGCAGCCUCUGCUUGGCUGGGAGGCUCCUGAGCUGGGGCCCCUUGCAAAGCGCUUUCUGGCCCUGAGAUCCCAGCUGACGGAAUUUUCCAGAGCUUUGGCCCAGAGGCGCCAGCGGUUGACAGAUGCUGAGAAGCUGUUUCAGCUCUUCAAGCAGGCCUCAACAUGGAUGGAGGAAGGGCAGCGGGUCCUAACAGAGCUGCAGCAGGAGCGCCCAGAGGUUGUGCUGCAGCAACUACAGCUGCACUGGACAAGACAUCCUGACCUGCCCCCUGCCCACUUCCGGAAAAUGUGGGCUCUGGCCACAGGCCUAGGCUCAGAAGGCAUCCGCCAGGAAUGCCGCUGGGCCUGGGCACAAUGCCAGGACACCUGGCUGGCUCUGGAUCAGAAGCUUGAGGCUGCACUGAAGCCACCAUCAAUGAACAGCACAGCUACCCUGCGUGUCAGGAGGGCCCCUGCUGUACCCAUCAUCCCUCCACUGAGGAAGGCCUAUAGCUUUGAUCGGAAUCUGGGGCAGCAUCUUGGUGAUGCUGCCCAUCAUGGCCACUAUGCAACCACUAUUGCUGACUGCCACAGACCUGAGGCUGGAGGUGGUGUCCAGCCCAGAUCAUCCCCUUCCGUGCCUCUUUCAAACAACUCUGAUUGCAGGAGCCCCAACAGGCUACAGCUAGUACUGUCAGAGAUGGUGGCCACAGAGCGUGAGUAUGUCCGGGCCCUUGACUACACAAUACAGAACUACUUCCCUGAGCUAGAUCGACCCGAUGUGCCCCAGGGCCUCCGGGGCCAGCGCGCCCACCUCUUUGGCAACCUUGAAAAGCUUCGGGAUUUCCACCACCAUUUCUUCCUGCGUGAGCUAGAAGCUUGUACCAGGCACCCGCCUCGAGUGGCUUAUGCCUUUCUGCGUCAUAGGGUGCAGUUUGGAAUGUAUGCACUGUACAGCAAGAACAAACCUCGUUCUGAUGCCCUGAUGAGUAACUAUGGUCACACCUUCUUCAAGGAGAAACAGCAAGCACUGGGAGACCACCUGGACUUGGCUUCCUACUUACUCAAGCCCAUCCAGCGCAUGAGCAAGUACGCCUUGCUACUGCAGGAGCUGGCAAGGGCCUGUGGGGGCCCAGCGCAAGAGCUAGGUGCCCUCCAGGCAGCCCAGAGCCUUGUGCACUUCCAGCUGCGACAUGGCAAUGACCUGCUGGCCAUGGAUGCCAUCCAGGGCUGUGAUGUUAACCUCAAGGAGCAAGGGCAGCUGGUGCGACAGGAUGAGUUCACAGUGCGGGCGGGGCGCCACAAGUCCUGCCGUCGUGUUUUCCUCUUUGAGGAGCUGCUGCUCUUCAGCAAGCCUCGCCGUGGGCCUGCAGGCGUUGACAUAUUUACCUACAAGCGUUCCUUCAAAAUGGCAGACCUUGGCCUCACUGAGUGUUGUGGGGAAAGCAAACUGCGCUUUGAGAUCUGGUUCCGUCGUCGCAAGGCCAGGGCCCUGUUCGUGCUACAGGCCUCCAGUGUGGCCACUAAACAAGCCUGGACAGCGGAUAUCUCCCGCCUGCUCUGGAGGCAGGCUGUCCACAACAAAGAGGUGCGCAUGGCUGAGAUGGCAUCCAUGGGUGUGGGGAACAAGGCCUUCUGGGACAUUGCCCCCAGUGAGGAAGCUAUCAAUGACCGCAGUAUCGACUAUGUCCUAAAGAGACGAGAUGUUCGCUCUAGGGCCUCCAUUGCUGUGGCCCCACUUGACUAUGACAACCCCUAUCUGGGUGCCUUGGGAUCCCUUCCUGGAGACCGUGCCUCUUGCUCUGUUCUGGGGUCUCUGAAUCUGCACCUGUACAAAGAUCCAGCUCUUCAGGGUGUUCACUGUUCCCUGUAUCCACCCAACUUCCCGGAGGAGGCCAUGCUGGAUGCUGAGGCGGAGCUGGGCAGCCAGCCCUCCUUGACUCCUGAGGAAUCAGAGGUCUCAUCCCAGUGCCCAUCAGUCAGUGGCUCUAGUGGUUCUGACAGCAGCUGUGUGUCAGGGCAGGCCCUGGGCAGAGGCCUUGAGGACUUGUCCUGUGUGAGUGUCACCUUUUGCCUUAUGCCUACCAGCCCAUCCCAACCUGCCUGGUGCCUUUUCUUUAGGGGAGAUGGAAACGGGUGGGUCAGGGCCAUUUCCCAGAGGACCCCAUCUCCACCCCUAGAACCAAAGAAGUAAAGCAUUCAUGUUUGACUUGGCACCAUAGGUUUGAAUCCGGCUUGAAGACAAACAGUAGAUACGG